UUAAAGAUCUGGUCGCCGCAAAGAAACCAGACAGUUGUGGUUACUGUGAGCAGGAACAGUGAGGAGUAACGGAGUGGAUAUUACUAGGUUGAACUCUUACUACAAACACAAGUAUGGAAGUUGUACUGAACGCUAGUGGACUAAGAAAACUCCGGAGCCUGUUGUUGAUCCACCUCUUCGCAGUGAACGCAGCAGCAGACUGCCUUACUCCCCCAACAACACAACACGAUACAGACUUAUCUGAAAAAUCCAGGAUGGUGGAUGACUACAGAGAAGGUGUUCAACUACAGCUGGAGUGCGUUAGUGGUUAUGUCAGGAAAAGUGGCACUGGCAACACAACAUGCAACAGUGGAAAUUGGACAAAAUCAGAUCUGAUCUGCACAAGAAAGGACUGUGGCCCCCCACGUGAUCAGCCUCACAUGAAGUUUAAUCUAAGCCAAGGUACCCUGUUUGGUGACGCCGUACAAGUACUUUGUGAUAAAGGGUAUUUACUUUCUGGUGUUACAUUCAAACAGUGCUUAUCUUUUGGGUGGUUUGGAAAAGCAAAUUGUUUUGCUGUUGUCUGUAAAACACCUCCUGAAGUGGCCAAUGGCUUGAGUUCUUGGAGUGGUCCAAAAAAUCCCAAAUAUGGGGAAACCGUACAGUACAGCUGUAAAGAAGGUUACACCCUCUUUGGGAAUUCCAGCAUUACUUGUGAUGAAAACGGUGGUUACAGCCCCGGACCUCCUGAAUGCAAAGCAAUCCCAACCGAAGCUAAAAUUACAACAACAUUGACAUCAUCAAUACCCAGAACAUCAAAAGCAGAAACCACUUCUACAGUUACAAUUGCCAUAUCAACAUCUCAUAGAAACAAACUUGCUACAACCCAAAUAGCUUCAACGGUCUCACCGUCACAAGAAGCUGCCAGUGGCUCUUCAAAAGAAACUGCUACUUCAUCUUUGUCUUCAUUUCAAGCUGUUGUCUGUAAAACACCUCCUGAAGUGGCCAACGCUUCGAGUUCUUGGAGUGGUCCAAAAAAUCCCAAAUAUGGGGAAACCGUACAGUACAGCUGUAAAGAAGGUUACACCCUCUUUGGGAAUUCCAGCAUUACCUGUGAUGAAAACGGUGGUUACAGCCCCGGACCUCCUGAAUGCAAAGUUUGCCAAUAUCAUUCUCCCUUACAUGUCCUUGACGUUCCAGGAAUAAAUACAAACAAAGAAAGUGUGUCUGUACCAGUUAUAAUCAGCCUGACAGCUGUUUUUUUAGUUAUUAUCAUAGUGAUAGGCUUUUUAUACAUGCUUCAUCAGAAGAAGAAAGGCUCAUAUGAUACUGGAGAGGACCUCAAGCCGGAAUUAUUACAGUUCCAAAACCUUUAGCUUGCCUUCCUCAAUCAGCAACCAUGCAGUACAAGUGGUGUGAAUGCUAUAGAAAAGCAAAGGGUGUCAUCGGCAAAGCAAUUGACAGAGGACACGACACGACUAACUGGGCCCCAACGAGUUCCCUGGAAAAAACAAGAGGACUCAUUUGCAUUUGCACUAAAGAAACAAAUCAUCUUAUCUGCAGUAUGUUUUAAAACUUCAAGAGAUAAUUUCAGAGUUUGUCAGUUAAAAAAAACAUUUACUUCCUUGCUAUUAAACGUUAAUGAAUGAAUAUUUUAUAAGUAUUUUUUAUACCAUUUAUUUAUGUAUUAAACUUCAGUUGACAUUGUUUCCCUA